UAUUUUAUAUAAAUAAAGAUUUUAUUUAUUACAUUUAAAAAUGUUUAUUAUUCAUUUAUAGCUGCUAUUAGCCAUGAGAGCUAAUGUUGAAGAUAGAGGUUUAAAAGAUACUACCCCUUUAAUGGAAGCAGCUAAUGCUGGUCAUGGAGAUAUUGUUAAACUUUUGGUUGGCCAAGGAGCAGAUACCAAUGCACAGACAUCUCAAGGGAACACACCAUUGAUGUUUGCAUGUGCUGGUGGUCAUGAAGAAGUGGUACAGGCAUUACUUGAAGCAGGGGCCAAUGUAGAAGAUCAUAAUGAAAAUGGCCAUACACCUCUCAUGGAGGCUGCCAGUGGUGGUCAUGUUGGGGUGGCCAAACUCCUGGUGGAACAUGGGGCCAGCAUCAACACCCAUUCGAAUGAAUUCAAAGAAAGUGCCCUCACUUUAGCAUGCUACAAGGGUAGGCUUGCACCCCAUCCUGAUUCUGCUUCAACUGAAAGUGCUGGUCACUUAGAAAUGGUGAGAUUUUUAUUGGAAGCUGGAGCAGAUCAAGAACACAAGACGGACGAAAUGCAUACAGCUCUUAUGGAGGCAUCAAUGGACGGACAUGUAGAAGUUGCUCGCUUGUUGUUGGAUUCUGGUGCACAAGUAAAUAUGCCAGCUGAUAGUUUUGAAUCUCCAUUGACACUUGCAGCUUGUGGAGGACAUGUUGAAUUAGCUAUGUUACUUCUUGAACGUGGUGCUAAUAUUGAAGAAGUAAAUGAUGAAGGAUACACUCCUCUUAUGGAAGCUGCCAGGGAAGGACAUGAAGAAAUGGUUGCUCUGUUACUUAGUCAAGGUAAAAUAUCAAAUAUAAUCUAAUAACUUUGUCUAUAACAUUUUAUAUGAAAUAAU